AAGCUGUUACGUGCUGUUACCUCGAUUUGUCAAAUUGACAGCGAAAGUAUGUUUCAGUGUUCUUGUCAGUAUUAAGAUCACCAAAAUCCCUUUUAAUUCGUUGCAAAUGUAAUCAUGUGCGUAAAAGAAAUACGAUAUUUGUAAGUCGCUUGUUUUAUCGUAAAUCGCGUUUAGAAGUCGUUCAAGUUUCUUCUAGCUAUAAGCAUUAACCAUAUCUCGCAUUUUAAACCAGCGUCUUCCAUCAUGAACACAUAUAACAGAACCGGACCAGGUAUAUCAGGAAAUGCUUUUGAUUGUUGGGUGCAGAGGACCAAUAUGCACGAUGAUUCUGCCAUUACAAAAAUGCAACAUCAAUUCUGGGUUACAAAGCAAACCCUAUCGCAGAAGUUAGGGAAAAAGGAGGACGAAUGUAUAAUAGCAUCUGACGCGGAAUUAGAUGCCAAGUUGGAAUUAUUCCGUAGCAUACAAGAAUCCUGCUCUUAUUUACAAAGAGUUAUUGACAAAUAUCAAGAAAGAUUAUGCAACCUAGCACAGGAGGAAAAUGCAAUGGGACGAUUCCUUAAAGAUGCUGGUAAACAGGACAGGACCAGAGCCGGCAAGAUGAUGUCGGCGGUUGGGAAAUCAUUAUCUUACUCUAGUCAACAAAGACUCGCGUUAAGAGCUCCACUAGGUCGAUUGUAUCAGGAAGUAGAAACAUUUAGACAGAGAGCUAUCGAAGAUACAUUGCAAAACGUUCAAGCGAUGGAGAAAGCUCGUACGGAGUACAGAGCAGCACUGUCGUGGAUGAAAAACAUUUCUCAAGAGUUAGACCCAGACACAUCCAAACAAUUAGAAAGAUUUCGCAAAGUUCAAACGCGUGUCAGACAAGGCAAGAUGGCAUUCGAUAAUUUAGCCUUAGAUUGUCUCCAAAAAGUAGAUUUGUUAGCAGCUGCAAGGUGCAACAUGUUUAGUCAUGCUCUGGUCUUGUACCAAAGCACGCUCUUAAAUUUCACCAAAAAAUCUGCACAAGCAUAUUCUACAAUAGCAAGCAGUUUUAAAGGCUAUCAACGGUACGAUUUUAUGGUUGUAAGAGAGCUUGCUGAAACUUCGAGUAAAUUGGCUCAAGAAACUAGAGGCGACGACGAUCCUGACGACAAAGACAAGCUACCAUUUUUUGACACGGAUUAUCACGAUAACGUAGAGGAAGCCGAAGAAGUGAAACCAACUGCCCGCGGUUCGUUUGAAAAUAACGAACGAAAUGAAAAAUUGUUGGACAUUGAGUGCGACACAAAGGACAUGCUGGAAUUAGAAGGAUUAGAUAUAAAUUCCAGUUCCUCGAAAAAUGGGAUCGUACCACCCACUUCUAAUACGGAGACCAAAGACCAUCUCGAUCAACUUUUUGACAAUCUGGUGUUAGACAACAAUAUGUCUCGUAACAAUGAACAAUCAGCUAACAGCAUCCAAGAUGGGAAUGAAUUUAAAACACACAAAAAUUUUGAUGAACAAAAUAUGGGAAUGGACAUAUUUGAUAAGUCUGACACGAAUUUUAAUUUGACUAAUCUUUCCUCUUUAGAAGUAGAAAAUAUGGAAUCUUUGCAGUCCCUUACAUCUGAAAAUAUGGCAUUCCUAAAUGAAAUCCUCAGUGAUAAACAGAACAUCGGUAACGAGUGGGAAAUGUUAUCAAAUGAUACGUUUUUACCACCAAAUAUUCUAAAACAAAGCUUAGGCGACGCGGCGCUCGGUGUUGGGCAAAAAAGCAUAUCUACCGCUAACACAGACGACAAAAAGAAACAUAAUACUGGAAAACAAAAGGGUAAUUCCUGGUUGGACUUAUUCGCAGAACUGGAUCCAUUAGCUAACAACCCGAUGGAAAAUCUUCCCAGUGAUAGUAAUGCAUCUGCUUAAUUUUUUAAAGCGCUUACAUAAUAUUAGCAUGAUACGUAUGAUUAGUUGCAAUUUAUGGCAACAAUCGGAAGAGAUGAAGAGUUUAUUUUUAUCAAAGAGGGAUAAUGCUCACAGCAUUAUCCGUUCCGUACAUUUACAUUGAUAUUUCGUACUUAUUAUUUGAAAUUUAACAUUCCGAGUUCGUUAGACUUAAUUAAUGGAAAUGGUAAAAAGAAACGAUAAGAAUCAAAAGUAUUUAAAUUUUCGUAAGUAUCUUUUCAAGCUUCAUACCAAAGAUGUAAAAUUUGAUAAUUUGUAAAUGUGUGCUAGUUAAAUACUUCUUUUAAAUACAUUAAAAACAUUAUUUCAUGAUAAUAAAUA